ACAGAUCCAUCAGCAUUCCGUUUAAUGCGAUACACCCAUUUGCAACCAAUCGGAGUGCGGUUCUUGGGUGGUGGAACCAAGUCCCAUGUACGUUGCUCAUUCAAAGCAAUAAACUCCUCAUCCAUAGCCUGACACCAAAAACUAUUACCAGAGGCUUGGCGGUAAGUGCUAGGCUCAGUGGUAGGUGGGGUAGUAUCAAGGGUGGUAAUGGUAUAGGCUUUAGGUUUGAAAAUUCCAGAUUUGGCUCGGGUUUGCAUGGUGUGCGUGUUUUGGGGCGGGGGUCGAUUAACCGAUUGUGUGUUUUGGAGAGGAGUAGGUGACGGUCGAGGGUGGGUUGGGGUACGGUUCUGGGGUUGGACCGUCUGUGGCGUGUCCAUAGGGAGGGUGUCGGGCUGUCGUCCGUGACUGGUGGGACGGGUCUGGGGUUGGACCGUCAGUGGGACAGGAGCAAGAAGGAACAGAGGUGGGACCCCAAACAUCAGAAUGUAUUAUUAAUUGAAAGGGCGUUGUGGCCUUAUGUUCAGACAAUUCAAAAGGUAAACGACAGGACUUAGAGACAUAACAUGAUUCACAAUGUAAAGGCUCUGAAAACUGAAAACCUAAGGAAGACAAAAUAGAUUUGGCAAUCGCAGGACCUGGAUGACCGAGUCUACGAUGCCAAGUGGACUCUUGGAUAGCUUAAUACACAACGGUUGGGAGUUUGGAAGGAAGUGUGUAUAACCCAUGCUCACAGAGGCCCUUGUACCGCACCUGGUUGGUAGGAUUGUCCACUAUCUGGAAAUCGUUGGCAUUGAAAACAAGAGUGCAGUUGUUAUCUUUGGUAAAUCGAUGGACAGACAAUAGAUUGGAGAUGUAGUACUUACCAAUAAUACAUAAUUACAUUUUGAACUUUAUUUUAUGGUAUCAAAUAACAAAUGAUACGAAAAAAACAAACAUUACAAGGGAGUAUAUAAAAGUACAGAUGAACACGGUGAUUGAAUACAUAAACUUGUAAGUGAAGAAGAUACUCCUAUGGGCCUGCUAGGGGCCUUUUGGGACUCCUAGCAGACCAUAAUAAUGGUCAGAAGCAUCAUUGCAAGAUCACAGCAGGGUAGUCUUUUUUGAAAUAUCCUUUACCGUAGUGGUCAGAAAUAUUAAAUAUAACUCUGAACCGUUAAAAAUAAUCUAUAUAGAAGAAAGAUUAGCGAGUUUGGAGGUGUGCGUAACCCGAAGAGUAUGAAGAUAAACACAUUAGGGAUUUAAACACCACCUGGUCAAUUUCAGGAGAAGCCAGCCAGGUGCAGUGUGGAUAUGCAAAUGCACAUGCCAAAUAAACAAGACCGAAACUCCUUUACAUGUUCGGAAAUUACAAAGCACCAACAAAGAGAAAUCAGAACAUUAAAUCAAGAUUCAAUUUCGAUCCAAUUCAAAAAAACAAAAAAGUGGAACAAAAAUCAAAUGAAAACAAUAUAGAAUUAUAAACCAAAAGAGGAAUUUGAAUGAAAUCCAGAUGUGCUCAUAUUCUAUGGGUGUAAAUGGGUCUUUCAUGCCGUGGCAACGGCUUUCAGAACGAGGAAUUUUUUUAUAAUCAUCGCACCACUGAAAACAGCCAUUUCCAGAAUAUACUCAAUUCAAAAACAGCCAAUUGGGAAUGGGAAUGGGAACGGGAUGGUUGGAAAAAAAAUUGGUAAAGAGAGAAUUUAAUGAGAAAUUUGCAAUUCGGAAUACCUGUGUAAAAGGCUCUAAUAGGAAGGAACCCUAAUGAAGUGAUUCGGAAACGAACCCUCUCGCCAUCUCCAACAAUCUCAUCGUUGUCACCCUCCUUCCUGCAAGGAAAAGCCCCAAGCCAAGAGGCCUUCAACUCGAUUCGCAUCCACAUUAGUUCUUCCAAAUAACAAUCCAAACGCUCUCACUCCGCCCGCCGGCUGUGUCGUUCUCUCCUCUCAAAACUCCUCACCUUUCUCUUCUAAGACUACUGCUUAUCCCCUUCCUAUCCCCUCAGUGUCCAAGGUUUUGACAUCGUGACCAGGUCCUACAAGUGUCCGAGUGCCCCUGUUUCCGCGACGCUAAUUCUCACCAGCAGCCUCUUUGACCGCAUCUAGGAGAAUCCAUGACACCCCAUGGAUAUGGUUCCUUUCCUGCGCAAUUUCAACCUGGAGCACAUGCACAACAAGGACAAACUUUUACUAUCGGUCCUGGACAAAGCCAAACAAUGCAAUUUUCUCAACCAAUGCAGCAAUUUCCUCCACGACCCGGUCAGAAUAGUCACAUGUUUACAUCACAACCAAUUCAAAUGCCAAGUAUGCAUAUUCCACCUGCCUCUUUGCAGCCUCAACAAAUGAUUCUUUCUGCUAAUAAUCACAUGCCUGGUUUUGCACCAUCUCCUUUUGGCCAGGCAUCCCAAAUGAACACACCUCUUUUCGCAGCCGGAGGACAGCAGUCACAACACUGGCUUCCACCAGGGAAUCACAGUGCACCUAGUCAGCAUACCCUUCAGCCACCCCCAGCUCUUACUCCUGCAGUUGCAGGUGCAAGUACUCACAGUAGUACCGAGCAGUCAACAUCUGAUUGGCAAGAGUACGAAGUCUCAGGAAGAAGAUACUACUACAACAAGAUUACAAAACAGUCUAGCUGGGAGAAGCCCUUGGAAUUAAUGACGCCCUUAGAGAGAGAAGAGGCAUUAACUGGUUGGAAAGAGUUUACAACCGAGAAUGGAAGAAAGUAUUACUAUCACAAAGAAAAGAAGGAGUCUAAGUGGGAAAUACCCGAGGAGUUAAAGUUGGCUCGUGAACAAGCUGAAAAAGCUGCUGCUCAAGAACAAAUAUCAGAUGCAGGCUUGACACCCAAGGGUGCAACUGGAACCUCAAGUGAAAAUCAGUUCACUGCUGUAACCCCGGUUAGCUCUAGCCCUUCAACUUUUUCUGGAGUAGCUUCAAGCCCGGCACCAGUUACACUGGUUGCCACUGUUGUUAAUGCUUCGUCUGCGGGGGUUUCUGGAUCACCAGCUACUCCUGCUUUGAACCUUGCUACAACAAGCUCAGCCAAUGUAUCUUCGCCUGCUGCAGCACCAGGAAGUAACACAGAUCCCGCAAAUUUGGCUAGCUCCAACCAGGCACCUCUGAAUGUCGCUGAGAAUUUAUCUCCCCAAGUUGUUGCUUCCUCAGGUGUAUCUUCUGUACAGGACAAUGGGCAUAUGAAUAAAAGUAAUGCUGCUACAAAUCUUUUUGCUACACAUUCAGAGGGUAAAGCAUCUGAAGAGGAACCUUUGGUGUAUGCCACCAAGCAGGAUGCCAAAAAUGCUUUUAAAGCUCUAUUAGAAUCUGCUAGCGUGGGAUCUGACUGGACUUGGGAUCAGACAGUGCGAGCAAUAGCCAAUGAUAAGCGGUACGGAGCACUGAAAACUCAUGGUGAGAGAAAGCAGGCAUUCAAUGAGUACCUGAUGCAAAGGAGGAAGCUUGAAGCUGAGGAGAAGCGCCUGAGACAGAGGAAAGCGAAGGAGGAAUUCACGAAGAUGUUGGAAGAGUCCAAGGAACUCACAUCAUCAACAAGAUGGAGCAAAGCAGUCACAAUGUUUGAGGAUGAUGAGCGGUUCAAGGCUGUUGAAAGAGAGGCUGACCGUGAAGAACUCUUCAAAAUGUAUUUGGUGGAUCUUUUGAAAAAGGAAAAGGCAAAAGCUCAAGAGGAUUACCGGAAAAACAGAUUGGAGUAUAGACAAUUCCUUGAAACAUGUGGGUUUAUCAAGGUUGAUACACAGUGGCGGAAAGUUCAGGAUCUCUUGGAAGAUGAUGAACGAUGCUCACGCCUUGAAAAAUAUGACCGCUUGGAGGGUUUCCAGGAUUAUAUUCGUGACUUGGAGCGUGAGGAAGAAGAGCAGCGUAAAACACAAAAGGAACACUUGAGGCGUGCUGAGCGCAAGAACCGUGAUGCUUUCCGUAAUAUGAUGGAAGACCAUAUUGCUGCUGGGACACUCACUGCUAAAACACAAUGGCGUGAUUACUGUCAGACGGUGAAGGAGUCUGUGCCUUAUCAGGCUGUUGCAUCAAACACUUCAGGGUCUACACCAAGGGAUUUGUUUGAAGAUGCUCUUGAAGAGUUGGAAAUUCAGUAUUAUGAAGACAGAACACGUGUUAAAAAUGUCUUGAAGUCUGAAAAGAUAAACUUUUCAUCAACAUGGUCAUUUGAGCACUUUAAAGAUUCUAUACCGGAAAGCGUUGGCACUCCACACAUUUCUGAAGUUAAUUUGCAGCUCAUAUUUGAGGACCUCAUGGAUAGAGCAAAGGAAAAAGAGGAGAAAGAAGCUAAAAAGCGUCAACGCCUUUCAAGCGAUUUUAUGGAGAUGCUGAGCAAUAUUGAUGAAAUAACUGUUUCUUCAAGUUGGGAUGAGUGCAAAGAGCUUUUCGAAGAUAGCUUAGAAUACAAAGCUAUUGGCGAAGAAACAACCUUAAGGGAACUCUUUGAGGAGCAUGUUGCAUGGUUGCAGGAGAAGGCCUUAGAAAAAGAGCGUAGACGGGAUGAGGAGAAGGCUAAAAAAGAUAAAGAAAAGGAUGAAAAAGAAAAGAGGAAAGAGGAGAGAAAAGAAAAGGACAAGGAAGAGCGUGAAAGAGAAAAGGAGAAGGGAAAAGAGCGAUCAAGAAGGAAUGACGAGAGUACUGAUUUCAUUGAGUAUGAUCACAAAGAAGAUAAAAAGAGGGAUAGGGGAAAAGACAGAAAACACCGGAAAAGGCAUCAUAGCCCUACAGAUGAUGUGACUUCUGAUAAGGAUGAGAAAGAGGAAACUAAGAAGCCCCGUCGACAUGGUGGUGACAGGAAAAAGUCGAGGAGGCAUUCACCAGAGUCAGAUAGCGAAAGUCGGCACAAGAGACACAGAAAAGAACGUGACUCCUCUCGACGUAACAGUGGUGGACAUGAAGAGCUCGAAGAUGGUGAACUUGGCGAGGAUGGUGAAAUCUACUGAGUGCGCCUUUCUUCCUUUUUUGUGCACUUAUUCUGAUCUCGUCAUUACACCUCCCCUCUUCAUGCUCCCUUUAGUAGACAUAUGUGCAGUUUGCCCAUCUUAUUAGACAGGCCUCUUACGGAUGCCCUACUUUUCUUUCACUGCAUGAUCCUCUGUUUUCCCAGGUCGUAUCUAACAACCAUACAUUGGCAUUUGUUAGACUCCUUAAAUAUUUUGCUCUUACUAGGAAUUGUCAUUAUUAUCCGAAUUAUAGAAAAGCAUGUAUCAUGUCAUUUUUCUUUCCAAAUUAUGUACGAGUAAGAAAAAACAUAAAGCUGCUUUUGUGCUCUUUGCUUUUAUAGAAUUGCAACUCAGUAUUGUUGAGUUUUCAGUCACAAUCUUGUUGCCCCAUAAUACUUGUGUUAAUAAUUGUAAUAAUCUUUUUUAAGGUUA